CGGGGAAAGGCCGCUUCCGGCCUUUCCGGCGCGCAGCCCUGCACUAUGGCGGCGCGGCAACCCCUGCGGGUGCUGUGCUUGGCGGGCUUCCGGCAGAGCGAGCGGGGCUUCCGCGAGAAGACGGGGGCGCUAAGGAAGGCCCUGCGGGGCCGCGCCGAGCUCGUGUGCCUCAGCGGCCCGCACCCGGUCGUGGACUCUGCGGGGGCCGGGCCGGAGUCCGGGUCCUGCCCUCCGGAGGAGCAGCCUCGAGGAUGGUGGUUUUCAGAACCUGAGGCAGACGUAUUCUCCGCACUGGAAGAGCCCACAGUGUGCAGAGGUCUGGAAGAAGCCCUGGCGACGGUGGCACAGGCACUGAACAAGCAGGGACCUUUCGAUGGGCUCCUUGGUUUCAGCCAGGGAGCUGCGCUAGCAGCCCUUGUGUGUGCCCUUGGCCAAGCAGAUGAUCCCCGCUUCCCUUUGCCAAGGUUUAUCAUCUUGGUAUCUGGUUUCUGUCCUCGGGGCCUUGGUCUCCAGGAAUCCAUCCUGCAGGGUCCCUUGUCAAUGCCUUCACUCCAUGUUUUUGGGGACACUGACCGUGUCAUCCCCUCUCAGGAGAGUAUGCAACUGGCUAGCCGAUUCACUGGAUCCAUCACUCUCACCCACUCUGGUGGCCACUUCAUUCCAGCAGCUGCACCCCAGCGCCAGGCCUACCUCAAGUUCUUGGACCAGUUUGCAGAGUGAAAGAUCAGCAAAUGCCUGGGCCUCCAUAUCCCCCUCCGCACCCCCAGUGGGGACACUGACUUUGGGGCAGCCUCUGUGAUCCUUGCCCCUUGUUCCUACCCUGGGAGCUCCACUGCUGUUAGUGCUCUUCAGGGUCACCAGUUCUUAAAACUCAGAUUACUCAAGAGAAUGGGGAGCAGGACGCCUUAGUGGACUUUGACCAUCACAUCUGGUACCCAAACAUGGAAAAGGUUAGUGGAGCCCUAAAUGAGUGGAGGGUUUACAUGGGAAAAGCAGAGGCUGGCACCACUGUGACUGCCACACAAUAAAAUGGUAAUUUGAAUUGUGA